AUGACAGCAGACGAGAAAAAGCCUUUCAUCUUCAUGGCUGCUGCUCUGGCAGAAAAUGGAGGCAUCGGCUAUGACAAUGGUUUGCCAUGGAGCAUCCCUGGUGAUUGGAAAUUCUUCGAAGAGACAACAUCAAAAGCGUACAAUGGUCAGUUUGGAGAGCCUCAGAUCUCAGACGACACUACUGUCUGGAGCAACGUGAUGGUGAUGGGCAGAAAUUCGUAUGAAUCAAGGCCCAUGUUGCGUGUACCUUUGUUUCAUAGAUACAAUGUGAUUGUCUCGAGGGACAAGGAUUAUGAGAUUGAGCCUUCUCCUAUAGCUGAAUUAGUACCAAGCUUGGACCAUGCAUUUGAAUUGGCUAGUAGAAUAGUAAAAGAAGAUGGCCGGAUUUUUGUGCUCGGAGGCGAACAGAUCUACCGUCAGAGCAUCCUACGCCCUGAAUGCACACAUGUGCUUUUGACGAAUGUUUACAGCUCGAAGCCUAUUCCAUGCGACACGUUUAUACCCAAAAUUGAUCCAGAGAUAUUUAGACAAGCAACGCAUGAGGAAUUGGAAGAGUUUUUACAAGCUAGUGUGCCUAGAGGAAAGCAAACGCAUCAACACUUCCAGUAUGAGUUUGUUCUUCAUAUCAGGAAAGAGUAG